AAAACUCGAAGCUGCUAAAUUUGGUCUGCAUUACUUCCCGUACUACACUAACAGCUGCCUGUCUGCACCGUUUCUGGGCUCACAGUUUGCCUCUUUCUUAGUCAAAAUGGCAUUCCAGUGUCAGCGAGAUUCUUAUAUGAAGAAGUUUGUUACCUCUGUAGUAUCCUGCUCUCCAGCUGAGCUAAAACAGGAGGUGAAUGGGAAGAAGGAAACCAUAAAAGGCUUUAAUGUCAUGCUCCAAGAUACAGUCUUAUUCCCUGAAGGAGGAGGCCAACCAGAUGACCAUGGCCUGAUUGGAGAUGUUCCUGUUUUAAGGGUGACUAGACAAGGACCAGAUGCAGUUCACUUUGUGACCUCACCUGUGGAGGUGGGUCAGGAGGUGUGUGUUGAGGUCAACUGGGAAAGGAGGUUUGAUCACAUGCAGCAGCACUCAGGUCAACAUUUGAUCACAGCUUUGGCAGACAAGAUGUUUGGGUACAAGACCACAUCAUGGGAUUUGGGCCGUCAGAGAAGCACGAUUGAACUGGACACUCCAUCUAUGAAAGCAGCGCAGCUCCAGGAACUGGAAGAAGCCGUAAAUGAGAAGAUCCGAGCUCACAUUCCUGUCAGUGUUCAACUCCUUUCUUUAAACGACCCUGCAGUGGAGAAAGUGAGAAGUCGGGGGCUGCCAGAUGACCAUGCAGGACCUAUUCGCAUUAUUGAUAUAGAGGGCAUUGAUGCCAACAUGUGUUGUGGAACCCAUGUGACCAACCUCAGCCACUUACAGGUUAUAAAGCUGCUGGGAACAGAGAAGGGAAAGAAAAACAAAACCAACCUGAUCUUCCUCGCAGGAAACAGAGUUCUAAAAUAUGCAGAGAAGAGCUACAGCACAGAGCGUUCUCUGGUGUCUCUUCUGAAGACAGGUCCUGAUGAGCAUGUGGAGGCAGUGGACAAGUUGCAGAAGUCUGUCAAGCUGCUACAGAAGACCAAUCUGACUCUGCUUCGUGAUAUGGCGGUCCUCAUCGCUCAGAACUUUAAGAAUAACCCAGACAGAGGACAUUUCUUCAGUUUACACAAAAAAGAGGGUGACAAUGAGUUCAUGAACAUCAUUGCCAAUGAAAUGAACACAGAGGAAACUCUCGUUUUCCUCACUGUUGGAGAUGAAAAGGGACCUGGGUUGUUUCUCCUCGCUGGACCCAGUGGACAGGUGGCUGAAUUAGGACCACAGGUUUUAGAGUUGCUUCAAGGAAAAGGUGCAGGGAAGAACGGGCGUUUCCAAGGCAAAGCAAACAGCCUGGCAAGGAGAGAGGAGGUGGAGGCUUUACUAAGGCAGCAUUGCGAGCAUCACAGAGCAGAAGAAGAGUAAACUCAGCUUCCAAUCCCUGGAAGAACAGAAACAGCGACCAUAAAGGAUGGUGACGCACCUUAAAGGUGACAUGCAGACCUUGACAAAUGUUAGCAUCUCUGACAAUGUU